UCAUGGUCCAACGCUUUGUUGCACUCCACUGAUCCCCCUCUUAAGGCCUCUGCAGCAGCUGGAGAGAUUAGAAGAGAGAACAGGACACACACUCACACACACACUCAACACACACACCACCGACACAGACACCCCAGCUUGGCCCCUUGCACACACCACUGGUACUGUUCUCACUGAAGCAGUAGAGGACAAACAGAUCAGGCCGAGACUGAACUUGACAGGACCCACACCUCCAGAAAGACUCCAUUCUGACCGGAAACCUAUCCCAGAAAGAUCCCACCCUGAUCGGACUCGCACGGCACGCAUAGCCCCAUCUACCUGGAGCCCAGCCCAGAGGCCAACCUCUUCAGUGAUGAACAGUUUUGGGUACCGUCGGGAGUUGAGUAAGUAUGAGGAUGUGGAUGAGGAUGAACUACUGGCUUCUCUCAGCCCAGAGGAGCUAGCAGAGCUGGAGAUGGAGCUGGCAGACAUAGACCCUGAUGCCAACGUGCCCAUCGGCCUGAGACAGAGAGACCAGACGGAGAAGACCCCCACUGGCACCUUCAGUAGAGACUCUCUGUUGAAGUACUGGGAGAAGGAGACCAAGAGGAUACUGGAGGAUGAGAGAGGGGAAGCCAGCAGCCCCAAACAGGAUGACGAGGAUGAUGCCGAAAAGAGUGAGGAAGAAUGCGUGACAGAAACCAACAGCGAAGCAGAGGAGAAGGAUGACGAGAACAAGAAAGAAAAUAAAGAUUAUGAAGAGGAAGAGGAAGAGGAGGAAGAAGAAGAGGAGGAGGAGAGUGAGGAAGAGGAAGCUGAAACAGAGGAUGAGGAGGAUGAAGAGGAGGAUGAAGAGGAGCAGGAAGAGAAGAGGCCUAAAGCAGCGACUCCAAAGGAUUCUGGUCCUCCAUCACUGCUGUCAGUCGCCAUCUCCUCCCCUAGCCUCCUGAGACCUCCAAGGGUGGAGCCUAUGAGACUAACCCCACCCCCACCUCCACUUGACCCCAACGCCGACGGUAACCCAAUAGUUGUCGACGAGGCCCUGGAAAGAGUCCUUAAUAACGACCCUGAGCUCAAAGAGAUCAACCUCAACAACAUUGAGGACAUCUCACAGGACACUCUAAUUCAGUUCGCUGAGGCACUGCGCUCCAACACACACGUGCGUGUCUUUAGCCUGGCCAACACGCAUGCCGACGACCCCGUGGCGCUGGCCAUUGCCAAGACGCUGUGCGAAAACACCUCCAUCAUCAGCCUGAACAUCGAGUCCAACUAUGUGACAGGGAAAGGGGUUCUGGCCAUGGUCCAGGCUCUGCCUAGCAAUAGCACCUUGACUGAGCUACGCUUCCAUAACCAGAGACACAUGUGUGGAGGACAGGUGGAGAUGGAGAUGGUGAAGGUUCUGAGGGAGAACCACACCCUGAUCAAGCUGGGUUACCAGUUCCACCUGCCAGGCCCCCGGAUGAGCAUGACAGGCAUCCUGACCCGUAACAUGGACCGUCAGAGACAGAAACGCCUGCUGGAGCAGAGACAGAACCAGCAGGCGGGGCCAGAGGGGGCCGUUAACCCCCGUACGACCGCUCUCUUGAAGGCCACUCCGGGUUCUUCGCCCUAUGGUUCCCCGCGGGUGUCUCCUUGGCAAUCCCCCAAACUCCCCAAGAAACAGACCCCUCCUGCUCCCCCGCCGCCUCCUCCACCUCCUCCCCCACCCCCCCCACUACCCUGCCAGCCCCCGGCAGAGAAGAAGAAGCCGACUAGGAAGAUAGCGGAGGUGAUCAGGCUCCACGAGGAGGUCGUUAAGAAGCAAGGGAAAGGGAAGGGGAAGAAGGGGAAGAAAGGACUGAAAGAGACCAACAGUAUCUUGAAGGAGCUGAAGAACGCUCUGCGGCCAGUGGCAGAGAACAGAGACCAGGAGCACAGCAGACCACCCACUCCACUGCGCUCCUCACACGACCAGCUCAUGGACUCCAUCCGCAACGCUAGUGUCCGCUCCCUCAGAAAGGUGGAAGUUCCACAGAGGAAGUUUGUCUUUGUCCCUGAUGAAGAGACUAGCUGAUCUGAAGACACAGGGAACACCCUGAGACGACUGAGGACACAUAAACAAUACAUUCAGAUUGAACUGGAAUUUCCUCAGAGAGGAUACUGGAAAUUAACCCUGUAUUAGCACCUUUACUUUUGGAGUAAAAAAAAAUCUGAAAUUCAUGUUAUUUUAAAUGUAGUUACGGUGUAUGCUUUGCAGAAGGCAUUUGGUUGUCUAAAUUGUUUACUGAGGUAACCUUUGUAUAAUUGUAAAUAUUGUAUUUGGUGUGUGAGGAAUAUACUGUAUGAAUAAAACAUGAAGAUAAAAGCGACAACACAA